AUGCAAGUCGCGUUCGUAAUCGGCCUGUUUGCCACUGCCCCGACCGUUUUAGGUGCUCCUAUCUUGACUAAAGACGAGGCUGCACCUGCUCAACUUAAAAGUAGAAUUCCCGUUCCAAGCGAGCAAGUUUCGAGUAUGAUUUUGGCUUACAACGACGAUUUGUCUGUGCCGGAAUCGGCAGAUGUAAACCUUAGGGCGGCUGUUGCGAGCGACACGGUUUUGAGUAUGAUUCUUGCCUAUAAUAACCAUUUGUCCGAUGCAGAUAAAUAG